AUGAUGGGACUUCUCCACGUGGUCCCCUCCCUGCUCCUCCUCUCCCUGCCAGGCCCCAGCUCUGGCUCCAAUGACAAUGGCACCGUGGUGCUCACCACCAGCGGCCCCAUCCGGGACAAGCACCUCUCGGCCGGCUCCAGCACAGUGACAGCCUUCCUGGGCAUCCCCUACGCCGAGCCCCCCAUGGGGGCCUUGCGCUUCCAGAAGCCACUUCCCCACCAGCCCUGGAGCCACGUCCUGGAGGCCACCGGCUUCGGCAACGCCUGCCACCAGCCUCCGCUUACUGGUUACCCUGAUGCCGAAAUUUUCUUCGUCAAUACGCCGCAGUCUGAGGACUGCCUCUUCCUCAACAUCUGGGUGCCCCAUCCACGGCCUCCCGUGCUGGCCCCCAUCCUCGUCUGGAUCCACGGCGGGGGGUUUUAUAUGGGUGCAACCUCUGUGGAGCUCCACAGUGGCCGCUUCUUAGCCGCCACUGAGAACGUGAUCGUGGCCUCCAUGAACUAUCAGCUGGGGGCACUGGGCUUCCUGUCUCUGCCCCCGGCCGCCCCGGGGAAUGCCGGCCUGUGGGACCAUCGCCUGGCGCUGCGCUGGCUGCGGGACAACGCAGCCGCCUUCGGUGGGGACCCGGCCCGUUUGAUGCUCUUUGGCCAGAGCGCUGGGGCUGUGGCGGUCGGCCUCCACCUCCUCUCCCCAGGGAGCCGGCCCCUCUUCACCCGCAUCACGAUGCAGAGCGGAGCCCCGACAGUACCAUGGGCUUGGAUUUCACCCAUGAAGGCCAAGGAGAGAGGCCGGAGGCUGGGCCAGCUGCUGGGCUGCACCGAUAGCGAUGACACGGCCCUGGUGGGCUGCCUGCAGGGGAAGGAACCCGGGGAGUUCCCCAAACACAAGUUCUCUGUUUUGCAGUACCCGGAUCUGUUGGGGAUAUCCUUUGCGCCAACACCAGAUGGGGAUUUCCUCCCUGAUACACCACCAAGGCUACUCCAGGCCCAGCAUGACCAGCCUAUAAUACCCAUCCUGACCGGCAUCACUGCCAACGAAGGCUCCUACUUGCUAAGUGGCAGUGUCCCCAGCGUCAAACUGGAGAACGCCAGCUCCAUCGGGUGGCAUGAGCUGCUGAAGCUGGUGAGGCUCAUAGCACCAGAGGCACCAGAAAAGGCCAUCCAGGCCAUGGCACAGCAGUACAGCCAGGAGGAGAAGCAGGGGGAGGCACAGUACCGAUGGGCCAUGGAACAAAUCAUUGGUGACUACGCCAUUGUGUGCCCGGUAGCCGAGGUGGCUGGGCGAGAGGCGGAGGCUGGCAAUCCCGUGUAUGCCUACGACUUCACCCACCGCAGCAGUGGCUUGUCUUCACCUGAGUGGACGGGGGUACCACACAGCUCUGAUCUGCUCUUCAUGUUUGAGACCCUUGCAUCCGUGAGAGGCACCAACUACACGCACACGGAGGCCGAGGCGGGGCUGAGCCGCAGGGUGAUGCGGUACUGGGCGGAAUUCGCCAGAAGCGGGAAUCCCAUAGGGGCAGGGAACAGCAGGGACCAGUGGCCUCGCUAUGACCCCAGGGAGCAGAACUUCUUCCGCAUCGGCAUGGAGCCGCCCCAGGGCAAGGGGCGAUCCCCUGCCCGGCACUGCAGGUUCUUGGCAUGGCUGACCAGAGCGCAGCAGAACGCCACAGGUGAGCAGCAGUGGGGUGAGAGGACAGCAACUCUAGAGGGGAAAGGCCGCAUGCCCCCCCACGAGCCAGCCAGUCCCCACUCCACACUGGACCUGGAUCAGAGCUAG